GCUGCGUGGGCCAGAGGCGGCGCUUCCCGCUCUGGCGGUGAGCUCCGGUGCGGCGUUGCCAUGGUGCCGGUGCUUCCAGGCCUGUACUUAGGCUGCGGCCUAGCGGACGCCGAGGAGGCCGGGAGAGGAGUCGUCACGGCGCUGUUGCUGGUGGACUCGGAGCCGCCCGCCGCCGCCGAGGGGGAGCUGGAAGCGGUGCUGCGCGUCCCGCUGCUGGAUGAGCCCCUCAGCGACCUGCUGAGCCACCUGGACGCCUGCGCCGCCUUCAUCAGCCGCGCGCGGAAGGGGGGCGGAGCCGUCCUGGUGCGAUGUCAUGCUGGGGUCAGCCGAAGCGUUGCUGUUGUUACUGCUUAUUUAAUGAAAGCGAAUAAUCUUCCCUUCGAAGAGGCCUAUGCCUUUGUCCGGUCCCUCAGGCCAGAAGCAAAAAUGAAUGAAGGUUUUGAGUGGCAACUGAAACUCUAUGAAAGAAUGGGCUGUGAAGUUGAUGUAACCAGCCCCCUUUACAAACAGUAUCGUUUGCAGAAGGUCACCGAGAAAUACCCUGAGCUCCGAGACCUGCCGCGAGACAUCUUUGCAGCUGACCCAAGCGUCGCACGUCAGACUCCAAGUUACGAAGCUCUGUAUAAGUGCAGGAAGUGCAGGUGCGGUGAGCCGUUGGGGAACGAGAGUCUGGCUACAAGCAUGAUGUACCGAGAGGCAUGGGCAGGUGUGGAGUGGGCGACACAGAGGCAGCAGCCCACUGUGAUUCCGGUGGCUUCGGAUGAAGCACCUGCAGCUGAGGAGGGUGUGGCUGGCCGCCGUGAGAGGCGAAGAAUCACCAUUUGCGGCCACAGUGCAAUCUUUUGGGCGGCCCUGCAGGCCAAAAAGAAGCCCAUUGGUUCCCAGUUGGGGCUCAGUGAGCUUGCGUCCGUUGAGUGGUUAGGGCGGCCUGGCUUGAAGUGGCCCGGCCUCAUCCCACUGCUGUUCAAGGAGAGGAGGGGUCCUCCGCCUCACGUCCUGUUGAUCCACCUGGGUGGAAAUGAUCUCGGCCUGGUGAAAGGGAUAGCCCUGGCGCUUCAGGCAAAGGCUGACCUGGAGCUUAUCAGGAGCAGGUGGCCCGGGGUGCAGAUCGUGUGGUCUGCUAUGUUGCCACGCCAUGUGUGGCAGGGCGUGGGGGACCCUAGAUGUCUGGACAGGGCCCGCCGGAAGGUGAACAGGGAACUGAGGAAUGCGUUGGUGGGCGGGUUGGGCCAGUACUUGCCUCACCCCGAGAUACGGAUCGACGUGGUUGACCUGUACAGGGAAGACGGGGUACUCCUGUCCGACAAGGGCAAUGAUAUAUUUCUGGCGGACUUGCAGCAAGGGCUGCGGGCGGCUUUAGGCUGCCCAGUGGACGCAAGCUCCUAAACAGAGGCUUGGCCUUGGGGGCGGCAGGUUAAUGUGGAGAAACCUACCCAUAUGGCACUGACCCUGCUGGGGAUCGAGGAGUCUGCCAGGCUCAGCCUUCGAGUUUUGCAGCCCAGGGCUGGGAAUUAGGACUGUCUUUGGGGCCGCUCUGGCUAGGCUACUUCCCCUCUGAGUUUUGCGGCUUGGGGGUGUGUGUGCUCCAGGGCAGCACCCGUUUGCUAUGCCGGUCGGGGGUGAGUCAGAGGGAUGGCUCACCCCCGGGCAAAGGUGGCUCGCCCAACAUAUGGCAAGGAGGUGGUCUCGGCCUAUUUCUGAACUCAGGGCUGACCCUUGCCACAAAAAAGGUGUACAUUGUAAAUAAAGUCACCCUUCGG